UAAUUCCGUUUCCGCUCCAGUCGGGAUUUUUGUCCGCUCUGCAGGAAUGUGUGGAGAUGCUCGCGCUGGGGGAGAGGUAACAGCCGCACCUUCCUGUUGACAGAUGAACCCAUUAACGGCGGUCCGUGCCUUUGGCUCUCUGCACUGCCACUGAGGGAAGCGAAGACACACUCGCAUCCGUGCAGCUGCAGAUCUGUCCAUUAUCGCACAUUCCCGGGCUCGCAUGAUUGAUUGAAGCUGCUCCUCCUCAUGGCGAAAAACACCCUGUCCUCACGAUUCCGGGGAGUCGACAUCGACGAAUACGACGAGAAUAAAUUCGUGGACGACCAGGACGAGGCGGCCGAGCAGCAGGGACCGGACGCCUGUGAGGUGGACGAUCUUAUCAGACAAGGGGACAUGAUGACAGCAUUUCACAUCGCCUUGAGGAAUCCUCCAAUCAACUCCAAGAAUCCAGCAGUGAAAGAGCGGGCCCAGGCUGUGGUGUUACGAGUGCUGACUGCGUUCAAGAGCAGCGAUAUUGAGCCGGCAGUGAAGUCUCUGGACAAGAACGGAGUGGACCUGCUGAUGAAGUACAUCUACAGAGGCUUUGAGAAGCCCUCAGACAACAGCAGUGCCAUACUGCUCCAGUGGCAUGAAAAGGCUUUCGCUGUGGGGGGUCUGGGGUCGAUUGUACGGGUGCUGACUGCAAGGAAAUCUGUCUGAGAAGCCGAAAGAAAUAGAGAGAUAACCAGCCACGGGAUUUGCUUCUCUUUCUUACACGUGGACAGCUUCCUCUCUCAAAACUCAACCUUAUCUGGGGGAAAACCACUCUAGUACAAGCGAUUGUUUCACUCAAAAACAGAGAUAUUGUAUGAUAUUUAAUGUAAAUUAUUGAUUCUUCAAUAUGUUAUUACGGAAGACCAGAUUCUCGACUAAUGAAGGUGAGCGGUUGUGUGACAGUCUGUGAACUGCGACAGAAGGACGAUGAGUCUCAUGAAGAGACUUUGCUGUAUUAGCCCUGAGCAGCAGUUUCAGGGCAGUAAAUACUGUGACGAAUAUGAAAGUUGUAUUUGCUUGUUUUACUUAGUUGGCACUCUCAGAUGUGUAGUUCUCAUUUCUUUAGUUCAAAUUCUCAGUUUUUCUUAUUGUACAGAAAGAGGAUGAUGUUAAAUAUAUUGUAUUUAGGUGGUGGAUUUAUGGUUCAAUUCGUAGUGUGGGGUCGGGUCGGGAGGGUUAUUGUGAAGUGCCUGGUGCAAUAAAGAACAUUUAAGAGUGUAUUUCUUUUUUUUUUUUCAUAUCUAUUUGGUCAUUAGAUUGGUUCUAUGGGAGCUUGUUUUCGCCACUGAAUAACAAAUAAAAAAGGUAAUUGUGACUUUAUUUCACAAUUCUGACUUUUUCUCGAAAUUGCAAGUUUACAUCUCAGAAUUGUGUGAUAUAAACUUACAAUUGCAAGUUAUAAAGAAUUAUCUGAUAAGUCGCAAUUGCGUUUUAUCAAGUUUAUACACUAUAUUGCCAAAAGUUUUGGGACGCCUGCCUUUACGUGCACAUGAACUUUAAUGACAUCCCAUUCUUAAUCCGUAGGGUUUAAUAUGGAGUUGGCCCACCCUUUGCAGCUAUAACAGCCUCAACUCUUCUGGGAAGGCUUUCCACAAGAUUUAGGAGUGUGUUUAUGAGAAUUUUUGACCAUUCUAGAAGCGCAUUUGUGAGGUCAGGCAUUGAUGUUGGCGAGAAGGCCUGGCUCGCAGUCUCUGAUCUAAUUCAUCCCAAAGGUAUUCUAUCGGGUUGAGGCCAGGACUCUGUGCAGGCCAGUCAAGUUCCUCCACACCAAACUCGCUCAUCCAUGUCUUUAUGGACCUUGCUUUGUGCACUGGUGCGCAGUCAUGUUGGAACAGGAAGGGGCCAUCCCCAAACUGUUCCCACAAAGUUGGGAGCAUGAAAUUGUCCAAAAUGUCUUGGUAUGCUGAAGCAUUAAGAGUUCCUUUCACUGGAACUAAGGGGCCAAGCCCAACCCCUGAAAAACAACCCCACACCAUAAUCCCCCCUCCACCAAACUUUACACUUGGCACAAUGCAGUCAGGCAAGUACCGUUCUCCUGGCAACCGCCAAACCCAGACUCAUCCAUCGGAUUGCCAGACAGAGAAGCGUGAUUCGUCACUCCAGAGAACACGUCUCCACUGCUCUAGAGUCCAGUGGCGGCGUGAUUUAUACCACUGCAUCCGACGCUUUGCAUUGCACUUGGUGAUGUAAGGCUUGGAUGCAGCUGCCGGUUUCACAGACAGGGCUUAGCCUAAGCCAGGAUUAGGCCUUAGUUUAAUUAGGAUAUUUAAGUAUCUUUUAUAAAUGUACACUACAAAAAAACAUUACUGGUGUGCAUCUUGAGACAAAACAAUGGCACUGGCAUAUUUUAAGAUCUGUCAGUACAAGUUUGUUUCAGUUAAAACAGCUCAAACAUGCAUUUUAGUUUAGGACUAGCUUAAGCCUUGUCUGUGAAACUGGGGGUAUAUCUCACAAUUCCGAGAAAAGAAGUCAGAAUUGCGAGAUAUAAACUCGCACUUGCCAGAAAAAAGUUAGAAUUGCGAGUUUAUACAUCCCACAAUUCUGACUAUAUAACUCACAAUUGCAACUUUAUAUAAUGCAGUUCUGUGAAAAAAUAUCAGAAUUGUGAGAUGUAAACUUGAACUGCGAGAUGGUAAAAGCUUAGUGAUCGUUUAUUGACUGAAUACCAAACACGACUGAAUAAAUUCAAAGCGCACAUUUUCAUUACUCAAAACUGUUUGUCUUUACCAUAACAAUGUCUGUGUGCUAUAAAGGAGCAAACAAUAAUCUAAAUCAGAUUGUACUUUGCUGUUUGGUGAUUUUGCAACAUCAAACGAAGGUUACAGUAUCAAACUCAUGUGACAGAGGUGAAUAUAUGCUGGUUAUAAAGCGUUUUUAGGUUUCUUAUCAUGUAAAUGCAUGUUAUCACUUUGAGAAAACCAAUGAAAAAAAAAAUACUGAUGACUAUACUGUAUAUCAAAAAAGCUGAAUAUAGUGCUGUAUGAACCAUUUAUGUAAAAUAUGGUCUGAAAAAUGUGAGGUUUGGAAAUUUGAGUCUGGAAAAGUAUGGAAUUUUGAAAUGAAUAAUGUGUAGGAACCCAUUUGAUAUACUUCUCAGGGACAUCAUUUUUAGACAUAUAGGCUUACCUUUACAAUUGCAAUUAGAUUUGUAUAAUUUUUUGAGGGAAAUGUAUGGUUUUCCAGGAUUACCUACACAAGUGUCUUUAAAAUGGUUCUCUAGGUAUGGCUUUUUAGCCCAUUUUGGUAUGUCCAGUUAGAAGAGUAAUAGUAUACUGUAUAUCUCCUCAAAAAAUGUGAUUUGAGGCAUCAUUCAUGUCACAGCAUGUGGAUUAUUACACAUAAAGUCUAAAAACAUAG